AGAGAGCAGCACUGCUCACCACCUCUGCACUGGAACAGUCCCUGUAGCUCUUAAUAAAGAGCUUUAAUCUAUAGAUCCAGAAGAAGUGGGAAAGAAGACCAGGGAAAGGAUGACAGGGGAAAAAACCGGGCUAGCUGGCUGAAGUUGCUUCAGAUGUCUUCCACUGGUGGGUGAGGUGCUUUGAAAGAGCCAUGAUGAGCUCCCAUGUGGGAGCUUCUAGUGUAAAUGGCUCGAACAGAGUUGGAGGAAGUGAAACUGAGGACACCAGUGAGGAAACCAGUACUAAUGAGACUCACACACCAAAGGUGGAGAGAUCUAGGCAAAGGAGUGUAGAUCCAGCAGGCGAGGGAAGGUCAAGUAAUGUGCUGGUGAGACCUGCACUGUCAGGGAGGAAAGCACAUAAAAAGACCUGCAGCAAGGACAACAAAGAAAGUGGGAGAGAGCAAAACCAAGACCGGGAUGAAGAGAGACUAAGUGCUGAAGAUUCAGAAGUCAGAAAAAGAGGGAAACAAAUGGAAAGAAGAAUCAUGGAAAGAGAUGAAACAUAUAAAGAUGAAGCACAACACAGACAGAGAAGAGAAAGUUCAUCAAGUAAUAAUUUUGACCUUCAGUUAAACAACAUUUUGGAAGCUGGAGAAGGAUCAAACAAUUUACAGAGAGGACACACAUGGCCUCGACCCCAGGGCAAUGGCUGCAACCGGACCAUCACUUCCAAUUUAAACUCUCUAUCCCCUCGGCCUGCUGCUCAUACCAGAUCCAUACCUCAGUCACCUCAGACACCUUCAUCCAGACCAGCUACAGGAGACUUGCACCUCUACUCAUUGAGUUCCCUCAGAGAGCCAGAUCCAUUCUGGGUGGAGGUGAGAACAGGGUCAGCAACUGGACGAGCUUUCACCUUCUCAGAGCUAGGAGGGGAAGAAGAGGAUGAGGGAGACGGGGAAAACGUGGAAGAUGGCGAUGAAGGAGGCAGUGGGGUGAUAAGGGUGGCGAGUCAAAGCAUGAACUCAGCAGUGGCACAGCCUUGUGUUUCUUUUGGGGAGAGGAGGAUGAGUAAAAGGGAGAAGAACAGGAUUAAAACUCUGCGACGGAGACAGAGGAGAAGGGAGAAAUGGAGGCAAAGUCAACAGCAAGAGAGCCGACAGAGUUCGACGGGAAACCCAUCCACCAGCAGCAGCGAGGAUGAUGAGGCCCUGACUACAGGGGACAGAGAGGGUUACAUUUGUGCUGUGUGCUUGGAUGUGUACUUCAGUCCUUACAUGUGCCACCCAUGCAAUCACAUCUUCUGUGAGCCCUGUCUUAGGACACUGGCUAAGAACAGCCCCACUAAUACACCCUGCCCCCUGUGCAGAACAAUCAUCACACAUGUUUUCUUCCAAAAAGAGCUAAACCAAACAGCAAGAACUUUCUUCCCAAAGGAAUACCUUUCCCGGAAACAGAACUUUCAGAAAGCAAGUUGUGCAAAGUGGCCUCUCCCAAGCUGCAGGAAACUCUUCCGCAUCUUUGGAGGCUUCCAGAGGCAGUCCAGUCCCAUUGCUAGACGCCAGUUCCCCCAUGGAGAGGGCUACCCACUGGACACCAUGGACUUUGAGGAUGACUCUCGAGGCUGGCGAUUUGACAUGGACAUGGUCAUCAUCUACAUCUACUCAGUCAACUGGGUUAUCGGGUUCUUCAUAUUCUGCUUUCUUUGCUAUCUCUUCUUCCCUUCUUUUUGAUGGCCCUGCCAGCAA